CCUGUUUGUUUUCUUCAUCUGCGAAAAAAAAGUUGCAAACUGUCGGCGUCUUUUUUAUUACAAUUUGUUUGUAAUUUUAAACAAAAAUUUUAUAAAAAUGCAUAAUAAAUAGUUAUAAAUAAAUGUAAAUAUUAAUAAAGAAACUAAAAACACUAAUUUUCGCAAUAAAUGUAAAAGCAAAAAAAAUUUCCCCAAUUUCUGCAAAUGAAUUGUUAUUAAACAUUUUCGUUUCAUUAAAAAAAGGAUUGUCUUUGCUUUCGACACGUUUCCAGGCCAUUUGUACAACAGAGCCAGCUUUUGGUAGAAAACUGAAAAAAAAACGAGUAGAAGAGGAGUAAUAAGCAAAAAUAUUAAACGAUUUCCAAUUCCCUGGUAAAAAAAACACACAAAUUUGUGUAACAGUUUACAAAAAUGGGUGAUUUAUUUGAUCAGCUAAAAUCAGAGGGUCCUCUAAAGAAAACAAGCAACUCCUCCUCUCCCGCUAAAACUGCAACACCAACAAAAAGUAAAUAUGCCAAAACGAUGGAAGAUUUUAAUGAAAAACAUCAAUCCAAAACGGGCAGCUUUAGACGUGAAUCCCUGCCUUCACCGCUUACAGUUAGUAGUGUUUUGAAAAAAUCCAAGAGCCACAAGGCCCGCAGUUUAUCUCCCCCGAAAUAUGGCGCCAAUAAUGUUAUAAAAUCCUUAAAAGUUAAAUUGGAACGUAAAAAAUUGGAGGAAUUUCUUACCCGACCUCUGGAAGAACAUGCCAAUAAUAUACGCAUUAAACAGGAAAAAAUUAAAGAUUCCCAUAAACACCUAAAAAUGACACCAACAAAAGCACAACAGAAACUCUUUGAACCCUUAUCGCAAAUGGGUAAAAAACUAACGAAAAAGCAAAUGUUAAAGGAAUUCAAUAUAAAACCCUGUAAAGUGCGAAUACAUAGAGAUAAUCUGAAUAAGCUAGCAAAAGAAUUCAAAAAGAAAACGGCUGCCAAGAAAGAUAAUAAAACAAAAGCCGAAAAAAGACCAGCCUCAGAUGGCCACUCGGGUUCACCGCCUCCCAAAAAAGUCAAAGGAAUGAGCACGGAUGCUAAGCAUAAUAAAAUUAAAAACAAUUUCUUUAUCAAACUCAAUACUUCACCCACUAGCAAAACCGAAAAGAAAUUUAAACAUUUCUCCAGAACCUCUUCCUCCUCCUCCUCCUCUUCGUCGUCGGUGGCUCAACAUAAUAAAAUCAAAAAUUCUAAAUUUAACACCAUAACCACACCCACAAAAUUUUCACGCUCUCAUUUAAUAACCUCCUUUGGCAAACGUUUCUUUAAUGUUCAGGUUAAAAUAGAACGCUGCACCCAUCCUUUGAUGCUAACCUUUGAGUCCAACGAUCGCGCCAGACGCCUGCAGGCUAAACGCAACAAUAAAUCAAAAAAUCUCUCCGUAUCAUUUCGUGAACAAGUCGAAAUCUUUGGCGGUAGCUCCGAUUCAGAUGAUAGUUGUGAUGAGGAUUUCUGUGCUGUACCCAAUCGCAAUAAUCGUAAAAGUAAUUCCAGCCAUUCGAUUCCUGUACCCGUAACGCCUGUUGUUAUGCCGGCCCGUUUGAAAAAAGUCGAAAAUGGCAAAGUGGUCGAUGACAUAGAAUUGGAUCCUUCUUUGUUUGUAGAUCCAAAAAUUUUGGUAGCUAGUACACCAUUUUCACCGGGACGCAAGAAACGUGAUCAUAAAUCAUUUAGUCCUUUAAAGGAUGAAAGUUCGCCCAGCCCUCGUAAGGAACAGCUAAAGUUGGCAAAUGAAAGAAUACCGCCAAGUGGUCUAAGACGUUUGAACAUCGACGAAGAGGAUGAUGAAGAUGAUGAUUGUGAAUAUAUUGUACCUAUCGAAAUGCCGCAACGUCGUGCAUCACGUACCAGUUCCAAUGACGAUUUAGCUGGUCUUUUCGAUGAUGAUGUCAAUACAAACGAUAAUAUUGAUUUUACCGUAAAUAUUGCAAACAAUUUUGACAAACAAAGCACCCCAGCAGUACCAUCCCUUGCAGCAGUGCUAAAUCUUGAAAAUGGCUCUGAUGAUAGUUUUCAAUCUGCUAAAGAUAUUGCAGAACCGAACAAUGCAACGAACAAUGCCGGAGACAAUCAAUUACCUACAAUACAACUUUCCUCUCCGUUAAAUUUCGGUUCGGAAACAAAUAAAGACAACAAUAUUUUUGGACAAUUACAACAGACAACAAAUGGCAAUGAAAGCGGCAAACAUAUGAAUACAAUAAAUACCAUGGAAGAUAUUUCAAUGAAUUUAUUUUUGGAAGAUUCUCAAACUAAUGAGGAUGAUACACAUGCAAAAUCGUUUGUUGAUAGUUUAAUUAAUGAAACUAUUGAUAAAUUAUCUAAAGAUAUCGAUGAAGCUGGAACGGAUUAACAAUAUGAUAAGACAACUUUGUACUUUGGUUAUUAACUAAAUACAUUAUGAUAAGUGUAUUUUGAAAAAUAUUGCGCAAUGUUUAUCUUUUAAAUUUAUUUAAUAUUGUUAAAUUUCUCUUCCUGUGCGCACACAUUCAACACUUUACUGAUGAACACUUUCCCUUCCAUCGUCAACAUUAGUUAGCAUUCUCUUAAGAGAUGUUUUCUUAUUCUUAAUUAAUAUUAUUUUGUUUUAAACAAAAUCUUAACAAAUUCUUUACCUAUAAUUUGUUUUAUUAUUAUAACAAUCUUUAUAUAGUUUUUACAUAAUUGGAAACAUGUAAAAAAAACGUUUAUUUUAUACAUCUCUCUCUAAAUACCUUGAAUUAACUACAUAUUUAUGUAUGUAAUUGUAAUUUUACAAAAAAAAAAACACACACACACAAACAUAUAUUUUUCAAUAGCAUUAAAGUAUAUAACAACAAUAAAUCUUAAUACAUUAAACAAUAA